AUGGGAAGGAGAAAAAUACUAAGUUCUCCAGAAGAAGAACAAAAUUAUCAAAUUGAAAAACGUAUGCGAUAUUCGGAAAAUCAAAGAAAUCGACGGCAGGCUGCGCGGAAUAAUUCUAUAAAUGAUGCACAACAGAAUGCUGUAAAUCAAGCUACACGUAAUAAUUCUCUUAAUAACAAGCAAAACUCCAUAGUGGAAGAAAACUAUUUAGGAAAAAUGGAUACAUUGUGUACUCAUUGUAACGCAAAACAUUUUGAUUCAGAAAGAGUGCAACGUAAAGGUUUAUCUUUUAAUGAUUGCUGUUCCCAUGGGGCCGUGGCUUUAGAUAGAACACUAGAUUUUCCUCAAGAACUUGCAUUUUUAUUUAAUGGAACUCAUGCAAAAUCAAAUAAUUUCUUUGAGCACAUUCGUUAUUACAAUAAUUCACUGUCAUUCGCUUCUUUUAAUGCUAAUUUAGUAAACUUUCAAUCACGACGUCCUGGGCCGUAUUGCUUCAAAAUUCAUGGUCAAAUAUAUUAUCAAAUCAAUACAGCUUUGUAUCCUUCUGAAAAUGAACAGCCAGCUUUUGGACAACUAUUUUUUGUUGAUCAAGAAGAAGCCCUCAAUUGUAGAUACACUCAAAAUCCUCAUCUUGAUCAGGAAACUCUUUCCCUUUUGGAUAAAACAAUAAGAGAGAAUAAUAUUUUUGCACAAUCUUACGCAAUGAUGAAACAAGAAAUAAAUGAUCAAAGAUUAUUAAUGAAUGAGGAGAAUGAACCUGAAUUACAAUUAUUAUUUUCUUUAAAACCAGGAUUUGACAGACGAAGGUUUAAUUUUCAACGAACAAAUGAAGUUGCUGCUAUUUUCUCAACAACAGCAGACGGAGAAAUCCCAGAGUCUUACGUUACUAUUAGAAAUAAAAAUACGAAAGUUUUACAUUACGUGAGUACUAUGGAUCCGAACGUGGAGCCAUGGAUUUACCCAUUAUUUUAUCCUUACGGAUCCAGAGGGUGGCAUAAAAAUAUCGAAUGUGCUAAAAUUAAUGAGAAUGAUAAAACCCGACGAGUAACUCGAAUGGCUUACACCAAAUAUAAAAUUGCUGUAAGACCAGAUGAAUUUAACGCUUUAUUAUUAGGUCGUCGAUUAUUUCAGCAAUGGACGGUAGACUCUUACGUUAAAAUCGAAAAAGACAGAAUACAAUGGUGUAAAGAUCAUCAACGAGAGAUAAAAGCAGAUACUUAUCAAGGACUGCAUGAUUAUUUACUAAAUUCUGCUAAUGAUAUUGAUGGUCAAGUAGGAAAAACUGUUAUUUUACCAUCGUCUUUUAUAGGGUCCCCUCGCCAUAUGCAACAAAAUUAUCAAGAUGCAAUGGCUUUAGUUGCUAAAACUGGUAAACUGGACAUUUUUCUUACAAUGACUUGCAAUCCUAGAUGGAAGGAAAUUCAAGAAAAUCUGCUACCAGGUCAACAGGCAUCUGACAGACCUGAUAUUGUAGCUCGUGUAUUUCAUUUGAAAAAAAAUCGUUUGCUUGAUGUAGUCAUAAAAAAUAAGUUCUUUGGAGAAGUAGCAUCUUAUGUUUAUGUUAUUGAAUUUCAAAAACGUGGUCUACCACAUAUGCAUUUAUUGAUAACAUUGAAACAUUCUUAUAAAAUAACCACACCCGAAAUGGUUAACAAAUUUAUAUCAGCUCAACUUCCUGUUAAAGAGCUUGAUCCAAUUUUAUUUGACAUCGUCGUAAAAAACAUGACUCAUGGACCUUGUGGUGACUGGUGUAAGAUAAAAAACAAAUGCUCAAAAAAAUUUCCAAAAGAUUUUCAAAAUGAAACAACAUUGGAUGAAAACGGCUAUCCUAAUUAUCAAAGAAAAAAUGACGGUAUUACUCAUGAACUACCAAAUGGUCAUGUCAUUGAUAAUCGAUGGAUUGUACCGCAUUGCCCUGAAUUAUUAAAAAUGUUUAACUGUCAUAUCAAUGUGGAGAUUGUGUCAAGUGUUCGAGCCGUUAAAUAUUUGUAUAAAUAUAUCUAUAAAGGACAUGAUGCCGCUACUGUAACUAUUGGACAUGAAAAUACUGCAUCUACAAAUACCAUCAAUCACGAUGAAGCAACUAAUUUUAUAGAAACUCGAUAUGUCGGACCCGUUGAAUCAUGUUAUCGAAUUUUGAGUAAAACAUUACAAGAUAAGAGCCAUUCUGUGGAAAGAUUACCAGUUCAUUUACCAAAUCAACAGUGUGUUGUUAUUUCUAAUGAUGAAAGUAACUUUAUAGAAAAUCUGAAUCAAGCAAGCAGCAAAUUACUUGAUUAUUUCAAAUUAAACAUUGAAAAUGAAAAUGCACGUUGUUACUUAUAUAGCGACAUACCAUCUUUUUUUACUUACAAAAAAGAGAAAAUAGACGGGGUCUCGGUAACUAAAUGGACAACGCGGAAGAAACAUUUCAACUGCAUCGGACGAAUGUUUUCUGUCAGUCCUACACAAGUAGAACUCUUUCACUUACGAUUAUUAUUAUUGCACGUAAGAGGAGCUACGAGCUUUGAUUCAUUAAAAACAGUUAAUGGUAUAGUACAACCUACGUUUACAGCAGCUUGCUUAGAAUUAGGACUGAUAGAGGAUGAUCAAGAAUGGGCUAAAGCAAUGGAAGAAGCUACAUUGUGGAUGAUGCCACGCAGACUUCGACAAUUAUUUACUCGCAUUUUAAUACACUGCUAA